AUGGGCAAGUUCGUCUUCCUCGCGGUGUUCUUUGCGGCCCUGAUGGCCGUCUCCGUCGCCCAAGGGGUAUCCGAGCAGAGCUUCAGGGACAUGCAGUGCCGGCGCGAGGUCAAGGAAAAGCCGCUCCACGCGUGUCAGCAGAUCCUGCACCAGCAUCUGACCGGUGGCGGGCACGAGGGUGCCGUCAGCGUCCGGCCGUUACAGAAGGAGUGGGACACCAGGGAGCGCUGCUGCCGGCAGCUCCAGGGCGUCAGCCGCGGGUGCCGCUGCUCCGCCAUUCGUGGCAUGGUGAGGGACUACGAGCAGGCCAUGCCGCCGCUGGGACAAGGGCGCCGCGGCUCGCCGGGGGAGCAGCCGGAGCAGGGAUACUGCGGUGGCGAGACAGCAGAACACCAUCAGCAGGGAGGAGGUUGCGAUCAGCAAGGACAGGUGCUCCGCCACGAGAGGCCCCCACGGCAGCAGCAGGGGGAGGUGGGACAACAUGGAGAAGCUGUGCUCUACGGUGAGACGUCAAGGCGUCAGCAAGGAGAGAUUUUGUCCCGGCAGGUCGGUCGCGUGGGGCUUAUGAAGGGGCGCCGGUACGCGGCCGGGCUACCGAUCGGGUGCCAGAUUGAGCCCAUGGAGUGCAGCGUCUUCUCCGCCGACCAGUAUUAG